AUGAUAGACCAUCAUGGUCCAAAAACUGAAGAAGCCUUAAAUGCAUGUGGAGAUGAACAAUUGAUGUUUAAAAAUGUUAAAUUAUCCAAUAAUAAGGUAAUACCCAAAAUUAAACCAUCCCAAUUUUCCCGAAGUCUUGCCAACAAUUUACAAAGUAGACUCUUCACCGUGCAAGCAUCACAUAUAGGUACAAGUGACAACAAUUUGUUCAAAGAUCAGUACAAUAUUCUACUUGCUGACUUAGACAUGUUAGAUCCUAAGACAUGGCCCGAUAAAUUUGAUUUUCAACAUGGUGAUGCCAGUAUACGACGUUUAGCUAAACAAUUUCAAGUUGACGAAAUAUCAUCAGCUGAAGACAAUUUUGAUCCAAAUACACCGGAAAAUAUGUCGUUGGAAGAAGUUAAACCCACUACUAAAUUAAAUAUCGUAUACAAAAACAGCGAUCCUAUUUACGUAUCAGACAAGAAUAUUUACCAACAAUUUGAUGCAAGAAAACACUGGCUCCACUGCAAAACGAUAGGCGCAGUAUACAAUAAAGGAGAAUGCGAGUGUACUUGGGCUUUCGCAACCACCGGGGCAUUCGCAGACAGAAUGUGCGUAGCGAGUAACGGAAAUUACAAUCAGCCCCUGUCCGCCCAAGACCUAAUUUCCUGCAGUCAUAGUUUCCAAACUGAAGAUUACCCAAUCAAAGCUUGGGAAUAUUUCAAGAGCCACGGCGUGGUCUCCGGUGGAAAAUACAACACUACCGAUGAAUGUCAACCUUACCAAGUUCCACCUUACCAAGUUCAACCAAGAAAUAAAAAAAAUCAUGAAUGUAUCAAACAGCGUUAUGGUAAAAACUAACAAAAUAUUGAUUACAAUAAUGAUCACGUAAAGACUAUUGACGCGUAUUACCUAACAUUCGACGCCAUUCAAAAAGACGUGCAAACUUACGGGCCAAUCGCAGCAAGAUUCGAUGUAUACGAUGACUUUUAUACCUACAGAAGUGGUGUUUACGGGAAAUCUGAAAACGCGACAUUUAUGAGAACUUAUAAUGCUAAGUUAAUUGGAUGGGGAGUCGAGAAUGGUGUAGGUUAUUGGUUGUUAGUCACUUCUUGGGGCUAUGUAUGGGGACAGGAUGGACUUUUCAAAAUCCGAAGGGGUACAAAUGAAUGCGGUAUCGACAAUUCGACUACAGGAGGUGUACCUCACAUAUAUAACAUCUAA